AUGAAUCUUUCGGCAUUCAACAACAACAGUAAAUUCUCCAUCCUUUCUCUUUAUCGGAACUUGCUCCGAAAUAUGAAGUAUUAUCCCAGUGUUCGGAAAGAAGGAAUGAUACAAGCCAUACGAGAAGAAUUCCGAGCUUACAAGCACGAAAAGGAUCCAAAGAAAAUUGAAAUGAAAAUUGGUGAAGCCAGAGGAGGAUUGGAACGAUUGAAAGCCUAUGCAGAAAUGAGUAAAGCACAAAACAAGGGAGGAAGGUCGACCUUUUCAGUUUAA